AUAGUAAAACAUGGAAGUCGUUCAGCAAGAAACUGUGGUAAGAUAUCAUUUGUUUGUUCCCUACAUUACAAGUCCAUGGAAGAUGAAUUUCCUAACAGUUUUCUGACCCUCUUUAUUAAGGUGUGUUCGUAUAUUGCCAAAAACAGAAAACACAUUCCCUUCUGUAUGGUGUGUCGACCAGGUAUGGUGCCAGUGAAAUUCAAUUUCAAAUGGCGGACGUCUAGACAGCCUCUCUCUUCUCUAGCGCCCAUUGGGAAACCCAGAGGCGGUUUUGCGGUAAAUGCAUCCUCAAUGCUUGGCGGGACAUGGUGAAUUCAUCUUAUGACUCUUGUUGGGAUUCGCUUGUCCACUUUAGCUGAGCGGGUGCUGAGGCUUCUUCUAUCUUUAUUGGAUCCCUAACGCAGUGAAUAUGAUGGCACUAGGAGACGACAGACCAUCCACUCCAACCACCAGUGACAGAGAGAGAUCUCCUCUAUCCAAACACAACCACUCGAUUGAAGGAAUUCUAGGACUAUCACAGAGUGACCGUAGCAGCUCGGUCAGUGGACUAGACGAGCACGCGCCGUCAUCAAUGGACGGACACAACGAAAGCGACGGAUUCGACGACCUCGAGGCAGAUUACCGGCGCAUACGCCAUUCGAGCAAGCAAAGACGCGAACGCACCAUCUUCACAAAGCAACAGUUUAUGGAACUCGAGGCGGCAUUUCAGAAGACGAAGUAUCCCGAUAUCUACACAAGAGAAAAGCUGGCAGAGAAUUUGGGCCUGACAGAGGCUCGAGUGCAGGUCUGGUUCCAGAACAGAAGAGCGAGGCACAGGCGCCGUCUACGCAAGACGCAGUCGAUGAAAAUGCAACCGAGCAAGAGACAGGAAGUCGAAACAGGCCACGGAAUGCACGGCCAAUAUGUUUCGACUUGGCAACAUACAGGAUUGACUAAUACAGGUCUCGAUGCCACAUCAUCGGGCGAACAGGACAUCACUAAUAUCCUUUGCGCGGGUGCGAUGAUUCCUAGAAGAGAAGCCUUUAUUGACCACCAUUCAUUUCACUCUUCAAUCAAUUCUAAUCGUCCUACGCGGAUUGCAGCCGAAAUUACGACACCUUGUUAUCCUGUUCCAGUCGGUCAUCAGCACAUGAUGGCAGGAUUUCUCCCGUCAUACCACACUCAACCACCGCCGCUCGAAUAUCAUCCGUCAAAGAGUCACUGGCCUGAGAGAUCACUACUACCGACUGCACACUUACCAUUGACACUGCAUGGGUCAGCACCCAUCAUUAAGUUUUACACGUAGACUUUCUCGUCUGUAGCAUGCGUUGCAUGUCAGUGAUGCGAAUUAUUCAUUUCUUUCUUUUUCUACUGGACAUAUCUAUCUGCCUGUGAUUUAGCUACCCUAGAGCUUUGUUAUUAUUGACAAGUCCUGUGACUGAUCAUACAAGGCGCAGAAAUAAACUGAAUGCACAUUUA